UCCUAAUGUGUCCGGUCGGGUCCGCACGCGGCAUCCACCAUGCCUUCGCCGAUACCUGUGACCCGCCUGCUGCCCAAAGACCUGUUCCCCCGCGUCGACAUCGGCACCUGUAGCAGCCCCGCGAACAAACCCUCCUCCGGUUCGACGCUGCAGGUGCCCCAGCACCGCAGGUUCGGGAGGGUCACCAGCCGGCUCUGGUCCUCCGUCAUCCACUGGAAGGACCUGCGCUCCGUGGAGCCCGUGGGUUCUGGAGGCUUCGGUUCGGUGUACCGGGCCGAGUACCUGGGCGAGCGCGUGGCGCUGAAGCGGGUGAAGAAGUCCACCAAGAACCGGCUGGCGUCCCGCCAGAGCUUCUGGGCCGAACUGAACGCCGCCCACCUACGACACGCCAACAUAGUUCGAGUCCUAGCCGCCACCACCUGCGUGCCCGCGGACUUCGAGGACGAGGCAAGCAUCGGAACCAUUCUGAUGGAGUUUGUUGGAAGGGACCUGCAGCAGAUCAUUCACGGUUCCGAGCCGCUGGAGCCGGGCCGCUGGCUCCGGUUUUCCCGGGACGUGGCCAGCGGACUGGACUUCCUCCACUCCCACGAGGUGGUUCACCUGGACAUAAAGCCCGCCAACAUCCUCGUGUCCAGCGCUGACGCGUGCAAAAUCGCGGACUUCGGCUGCUCGGUGACACUGGAACGCGAGUGCGAGGCGUCCUCCGCCCGCCCUCACCUGAGCCACAUGGGCGGCACCUACACGCACCGGGCCCCGGAGCUACUGAAGGGGGAGGGAGUGUCCACCCGGGCCGACGUCUUCUCUUUCGGGAUCACCAUGUGGCAGAUGAUGACCCGGCAGGAGCCCUACUCGGGUGACCGCCAGUGCGUCAUCUACGCCGUGGUGGCGCACCAGCUGCGACCGGUCCUGGACCACCAGGUGUUCCUGGCCGAACCUGGGCUCACCUGCCGGACUUUGUUGACCCGGUGCUGGGACGCAGAUCCGCAAAGUCGACCGAGCGCUGAGGAGGUUCUGGCUGUCCUGCGGCAGGUGUGAAGACCACCAGGGAAACCGGUGCCCCUGAGCUGACCAGCAGAGGGCGCUGCUCAAAGCGCUUCUGCUUUUAUUUCAUCCUGGAUUAAAAAAAAAACUUUUAUUGAAAGCACAAGCAAAUGUUCGGCUGUUGUUUUUUUUUAU